GGACCCUGGAGUCCCGGCUGUCGCGCCUCGGCGCCCUCCUCCAGGGCUUGGGAGGAGCGCCGGGAACCACGUCCAGGUUUCUCCCGGGUUUCGUCAGCACCUCAGACGAGAACCAUGGCUCGGAACGUCGAGAGAGACGCGGCUCGUGCCGCUCCCGGAUGCCCGUCAUGCGGGGAUUGAUCGCACCGCAGAACACCUUCUUGGACACCAUCGCGACUCGCUUCCACGGGACCCACAGCAACUUUGUGCUGGGGAACGCUCAGGUCCAAACGCUCUACCCCAUUGUCUACUGCUCCGAUGGCUUCUGUGAACUGAGUGGCUUUACCCGCGGCGAGCUCAUGCAGAAGAGCUGCACGUGUCACUUUCUGUACGGCGCUGAGACCAGCGACCAGCUCACCUGGCAGAUGCAGAAAGCGCUGGAUGAGCGGCGGGAGUUCAAGACUGAAAUUGUUCUGUACAAGAAAAGUGGUUCCAAGUUCUGGUGUCUGCUGGACAUUGUGCCCAUAAAGAAUGAAAAGAGUGAGGUGGUUCUCUUCCUGGUCUCCCAUAAGGACAUCACAGAGAACAAGGACCUGGACCAUGGCAAGCAGUCUGACACCGAUGAGGAAACGGGCCUGGAGAUCCACCAGAUCAGUUGCCCGACAGACUUCGGUACAGAGCGGCGCAGAAGUCGGGCCGUCCUCUACCAACUUUCGGGACACCUUCAGAAACAAGACAAGACCAAGAACAAGCUCAAUAUCAACAAUAGUGUUCUGGGAGCCAACGCUAACCCGGUGCCGGAGUACAAAGUGGCAGACAUCCAGAAGUCGCGCUUCAUCCUUCUCCAUUAUGGCGCAUUUAAGGCCGGCUGGGAUUGGCUGAUCUUGCUGGCGACUUUCUAUGUGGCCGUCACGGUGCCCUACAAUGUCUGCUUCGCAGCGGCGGAGGUGAGAGAGGACGGUGCGUCCGUGGCGCGUACUCCACCCAGCGUCAGUGACAUCUUGGUAGAAAUUCUCUUUAUGAUCGAUAUCGUGCUGAAUUUUCGAACUACCUACGUGAGCACGUCCGGUCAGGUUGUGUACGACGCUCGCUCCAUUUGCAUUCAUUACGUCACAUCUUGGCUCUUUGUGGACUUGAUCGCCGCGUUGCCAUUCGACCUGCUCUAUGCUUUCAAUAUCAGCGUGAACUUCGGGGUACACCUGUUGAAGACUGUACGUCUCCUGCGUCUUUUGAGACUCCUCCAAAAGCUGGACCGCUACUCCCAGUACAGUGCCAUGGUCCUCACCUUGCUCAUGUCCACCUUUGCCCUGCUAGCCCACUGGAUGGCCUGUGUCUGGUACUUCAUCGGCCGCAUCGAGAUCGAAAGUAACAGCUCUGCCUCCUGGGACGUAGGUUGGCUUCAUGAGCUCGCCAAACGUUUGGGCACACCAUACUUCUUGCCACCACUGAGCUCCCUACUGGGAGUUUCUGAUUUGCCUCAAGCCACCGUGACACCAGAACUGGUUCACUCCAGCGUGUGGAACAGCUCGGGCUCUGAGCCAUCAAACGGGGCGAGUUGGUUCGGUGCGACCCAGUGGAAUGGCAACAGGUCUCGUGUGAGGGCGCCGGGCGGCACAGGCACAGCGCUGAGCGGCGGUCCAUCCGUUCGGAGCUCCUACGUGACAUCGUUAUACUUUGCCCUGAGCAGUCUGACUAGCGUGGGUUUCGGCAACGUUUCAGCAAACACGGACUCUGAGAAGAUAUUCUCCAUCUGCACCAUGCUGGUUGGAGCUUUAAUGCACGCUGUGGUGUUUGGAAACGUGACCGCCAUCAUCCAGAGGAUGUACUCCCGCCGCUCCCUUUACCACACCCGCACUAAGGAUUUGAAGGACUUCAUCAGAGUGCACCGGCUCCCCAAAGCACUUGAGCAACGUAUGAUGGAGUGUUUCCAGACAACCUGGUCUGUCAACAAUGGUAUCGACGUCAGUGAGCUGCUGAAGGACUUCCCAGAUGAGCUGAGGGCUGACAUUGCCAUGCAUCUGAAUAAGGAGCUGCUGCAGCUGCCGCUCUUUGAGUCAGCCAGCAGAGGAUGCUUGCGCUCCCUCUCACUAAUCAUUAAGACGUCCUUCUGUGCUCCCGGGGAAUUCCUAAUCCGUCAGGGCGAUGCGCUACAAGCCAUCUACUUUGUGUGCUCUGGCUCCAUGGAAGUGCUGAAGGACAACACUGUGCUCGCCAUUCUGGGAAGAGGAGACCUGAUUGGCUCUGACUGUCUGACUCAGGAAGAAGUGAUUAAGACCAACGCCUGUGUGAAAGCAUUGACUUACUGCGACCUGCAGUAUAUCAGCCUCAAAGGACUCCGUGAGGUUCUCAGCCUGUAUCCUGACUAUGCCCAGAAAUUCCUCACAGAGAUCCAGCACGACCUAACGUACAACCUGAGGGAAGGACACAGCGCGGAGGCAGAUUGCGAGAGCAACGGAGGACUCGUGAAGAAGCUUCCGUCCAUCAAGGAGGAUGAGGAAGGCUCAAAUUCUGAGGAGGGCCGUUCACCUCUCCCACCGAUACCUCCACUCGUCAGACUGGGCCGAGGCCUGCGCUCGCCCCUGCGCUCGCCCUUGCGCUCUCCGCUGCUACCGCCAAGACCCUUCAGACUGCCGAGCGACUUUGCUCGACCCACCGGCCUGCAGGUUCCUGGCUUGAUCUUAAGCUGCCUGCAGCCAGAGUUUAGCACACGCUUUGUAGAUGGCAUCGAAACAGAAAAUCGGAGCAAUCCAGUCACAAUUUUUGAUUUCCCUCCCAGCCCUGAUUCAGCCACAGGGCAGCACAACGAUGAUGACACAAUGCAAGCAAUCAUAAAGUUAAAACACGAGAUGAAGGUUCUUUCUCGGCAGGUAACCAUUGUGAGUCAGGAGCUUCAAGAAAUGACACGACUCCUCAAAGCGUUUUAUUACAGCCCCGCCACCCUCUUGACAUCCAAUGCUGUAACGCCUACCCCCGGCAUCUCGUCACACACUUGUUCCACGGCACUGCCGUUUUUUAACCAGCUCGCAGAAGAGCCGCAUGUUCAAUGCGUCUUUCUAGCUGAGCCGCCGGGUCCUGUUUUCGACGUGAAGGGAUUGAACGGUCACAGGAGCGCAUGCGCAGCAGAGUUUGACACCCUUCGCUGUCCCAAUUCACAACCCAUCGCCUCCACUGAUCCCGCAGCUGGGUCUUCUUGCUCAGCGCCGCCAUCGCUUCAGAGCUCUCCACACGAGCAAACGCCAUUGCCGCUCCCCUCCUGGUCUUCUUCCAUCCCCUCGCUCUCAUCCACACGCACACCCCUUGUGCCGGACCUACCAAAACCAAGUAUUGAGCCGCAGUCGUGCAGCCCGUCCCGAUUUAGUCUACGCCCUUCCUGCCGCUCUAGCCCACGGCCGUCAUUCUCACUUACGCACUCUCCUCCCGAGCUCGACUUCCAGCCCGUUCUAGCGGCACCCUCGCCCCGGGAUGCCCCGCUGAGCCCAGAGGGAGACGUGUCGCGGGCGGAGGGCACCACACGGCUCAGCUUUGUGGAUGAAGGCCAGCCGCAAGUUUGAGACGUGGGCCCCACGUCAGUGCUGGACUGACAGUGGGCAACUGCAUGACAAAUGUGUCUGAAAACAUCUAUUAGUAAAAACAUCUAUUGGCACAAUAGCAGUCCCUGUUGCAGUGACAUAUUGCUAAUAAAAGUUUUUGCCGUUAAAUUUGAUUUGUUGUAUGAUGAGCUUCCAGGAAUGUGAAGAGUACAGAUUAGUAGUAACAAACCAGUGGCAUGCAAAAGGCGUGGGUAAUGUUCUCAGUGCACAUUAUUACUCAAAGCUGAAUUCCUGUAUUUAUUUUAAUGCUUCCAGUAUUUCAUAAACAGGUGUACACACUUGAAUUUGAUCUCAUCCUCAAAGGAGCACGUGAGGUUAUAUUUUAGAGCUUAUUUUUUUCCCCAAACCAUCAACCUCAGGGGCAGUGGUGAUUCUGGAUUUUAAUAAUAUUAAUGACAUUACUACUUUCCAGAGGAUCACUGAUGGUUUAGUGGUAUACACUAGGCAGUGUGGGAUCGAUUACCGCUCAGUGAUGGUGUCGAUAUCUGCCUUGUGACUGGCUGGCGACCAGUUUGUGGUGUGUAGCCUGCCUUCGCCCAAAGUUGGCUGGGAUAGGCACCAGCUCUCUCCCCGGAUAAAUGCAGAGAGGUUGCGUCAGGAAGGACAUCUGGCGUAAAAACUGUGCCAAACAAAUAUGAUCGCUCAUCUGAAAUGACACGCUGUGGCGACCCCUAACGGGACAAGCCGAAAGAAAUACAUAUAUUACAACUUUACAGAUGUAACUUGAUUAUGAUGUAUGACAAUACGUGAUGUCCCCGUGGAAUUGAAUCCCGGUGAUGGGGUUACCAGUGAUAAUACCCUGUUCAAAUAGUAAUGCAGUGAGUGACUUGUCAUUGGAUCGUCACAGUGAAAGGUGUACAUUUAAUUUAGCUGUGGCUAGCUCGCUUGUUCUGUCAAACUCCGGACUUCGUUGUUUUUGUGAUUUAUGUACACAAAUGGAAUACAGGUCAGUUUAAAAUUGUGGUGCCGUUGCAAUAAAAAAAAUGGGGGGGGGGGGUCCAAAAGUGACACAAUUCUGAAUAAUUUUGUUUACUUUUGUUCACAUUUAGUUCUUCACAGUUUCCGUGAUUUACAAUAGCAUUUCCUGUUUCCAUGCUAAGUGCCAAAUUGUAAGAUCAAUUUUCAUAAAGAGAGAUUUGCUACACUAGACGCAAUAUUUUAUAUUCCAAAGAUGAUCAAACAGCUUGCUGUCUUUUG